AUGUGACCUUGGCACAUAUAUUGAUCGUGUUACUCUUGUACUUAUUUUAUACCGGGCUUGACUGAUCCUGUAUUGUUCAGAACCUAUUUGAUAAGAUUAUUUUGUCAAACCCUAAUGGAACAAGCUUGUGUCAAGUCUUCUCAGCACCGUUUAGAUGACUGGUUAAUUAUUCUCAAAGAACAUCAUAUUUUAAAAUCUCUUGGCGAAGAAAGAGAGGCGUUUGAAAGAAGUUUAGAACUUCCAACGAUUCCUGAAAUGAUAUUCGAUCAAAAUUCCCUAUCAAUUUGUUUCUGUCAACCAAAUAAUGAACAAAUAUGCAAAAUUGAAUUUAAUGCACUUGAUGCUCUUAAAUUAGUCGACCCAAAGAAUAUAACUAUAGAGGUACCAUUUGCAAAGGACUGGAGAGAUUCUCGAAUUACUAACCAAGAAGACAUACUGCCACAUAAACCAUAUGACUGGACUUUCACUACUCCGUAUACAGGCACUUUGUCUGGUCCCUGGAGUAUAUCUCCAACUUCUGAGGGUUUAGAUAUGGAGUAUUUACGUCGGAAAGAUCCUAUUCGCUUUUUUGUCAAUACAACGCUAUAUGAAGAUGAACUAGGUGAUAAUGGUGUAUCUAUUCUGAAUAUAAAGUUUCGUGCAAUGUCUUCUGGUUUCUUUUUAUUACAACGUUUUUUCUUACGUAUUGAUGGCGGACUAAUACGAGUGUAUGAUACUCGACUACAAUGGCGUCAAAAUGAUAGUUAUUUAAUUCGUGAUAUACGCCGAAUGGAAAGUUCAUCUUGGAGAGAAGAUAUGGUUGGCAUCAGUUUAGAAAUAGCAGAUCAACUAUGUGAUACAGUUAUAGAGCAUUAUACAGAAAAACUUGUACCACCAUAUGUAAAUUCAUCCUAAAAUUAUCAAUAACUUAUGUAAAUAGUAUUAUGUGUUCAAUUAUUUCUAUCGAAUUGUUUGUUGUACAAGUUUGUAAAUUAUUGAACAUUAUGUCUUCACAUUAUAUUUGUUUUUCAUAAUCGAAGGGGUUGAAUUAUUCAAUAAACUAUAUACAUUAGACUAUUAACGUGGAUGCGCACUGCUGAGGAGUCCCAUACUAGGACUAAACAGCCGUCCAGUGCUUCCAGGUUUUCCAUAGUGGUCUAGCU